AACCCGGUGGUUUCGAAAUGAGCGAGAAGAAGACAGACGCGGCGACGCGCGCCCGCCAGAGCCGCGCGGCCGAGGCGGCCAAGGCCGCCAAAGCCAAGGCGACGACGGCCACGAACGGAAUCAUCCGGUUCAAAACCACGUUUCGCAACACGAUCUACGACGCCAUGCUGCGGCGCGGCUGGAAAGAAAGCGACACGGACUGGGACUUUUAUUGGGCCGACCGCGAGUUCAUCUACGAUGUGCUCGACACGGUGCACCUCGAAGUAACGCAAAAGGUCAACCAUUUCCGCAAUGGCCGCGAGCUCUGCCGAAAGGACCUUUUGAUCAAGAACCUCAAGCGCGCGCGUCGGGCGCAACGCAAUGAGCGCAGUACGGAGGAAUACCCAUACGACUUUUUCCCCAUCACGUACAUUCUCCCGGGCGAGUACUCGAUGUUUGUCGAGGAGUUUAAGCGCAACCAAGGCAUUUGGAUCAUGAAGCCGAUUGGCAAGGCCCAAGGCAAGGGGAUUUUUCUCUUCACAAAGCUGAGCCAGAUCAGCGACUGGCGCACCGACUACCGGUACAAGCCCGAGAACCAGCAAGUCGAGACGUACGUGGUGCAAAAGUACAUUUCCAACCCGUACUUGGUCGGCGGCAAAAAGUUUGAUUUGCGCUUGUAUGCACUCGUCACGAGCUUCUCGCCGCUUGAGAUUUACAUGUACCGGAGUGGCUUUGCGCGCUUUACCAACUCGCGCUACUCCAACAACGCCAACGACAUUGAGAAUUCGUUCAUUCACUUGACCAACGUCGCGAUUCAAAAAACCUCGGAAAACUACAACAAAAAACACGGCGGCAAGUGGGACUUGAAGAGCCUCAAGCUCUACAUGAUGUCCAAGCACGGCUGCGCCCGCAUCGACCAGCUCUUUUACGAGAUCCAGAUGGUCAUUGUGCGUUCGCUCCAGAGUGUCGAGAAGAUCAUUAUCAGCGACAAGCACUGCUUUGAGCUCUACGGCUACGACAUUAUGAUUGAUGAAAACCUCAAGCCGUGGCUCCUCGAAGUCAACGCGUCGCCCUCCCUCUCGGCCAACACGUCGGCCGACUACCAGCUCAAGUGCGGCAUGCUCAACGACAUGCUCGACAUUAUCGACCUUGAAAACAAGUCCAAGACAAAGGAAGAUCGCGUCGGAGGCUUUGACCUCGUCUACCGCGAUGGCCUCAUCGGCAAGGACGAGCGUUGCCUCUAUUCGUCGCUCCUAGGCGCCGACUUUAAGCGCAACCCGCUCCGAAAGCUCCCGACCGGCAGCGCGUAGCGCCCACUGUACUGAUGAGAACACCACGGGUGCCGCAUGUCUUUGAUAUAGCAUAAUGAAAUCUGUAC